AUGUCGUCCGAGAAAGUCUCCGUUGGAGAGAGAGUUCGAGUCUUCUUCCUUGGUGAUGAGGCAAAGACAAGAGAAGAGAGAAAGCUUGUGCGGAAGAUCGACUUCUUCAUCCUGACGUACUGCUGUCUGAGUUACUUUUUCAAUUUCCUCGACCGUGCUGCUUUCGCCAAUGCAUACGUAGCUGGCCUCAGAGAGGCCCUUAACAUGAAGGGCCAUGACUACAACACUGUGCUUUCAGUCACAACGGCCGGUAUGGCUAUUGGCCAAAUCCCACACGGAUUGAUCAUUCAAAAGAUUGCCCCUCGAAUCUGGCUUCCUUCCAUGGUUGUUGUGUGGGCUGCCUUGACGAUGGUCAGCGCGGCGUGUAAGACCGUCACUCAACUUUGCAUUGUUCGUUUCUUCUUGGGCCUUGCGGAGGCUAGCACCUACGCCGGAACCAUUUACAUUAUUGGUUCGUGGUACAAGCCCAAGGAAAUUGCCAAGCGUACAGCCAUCUUCACGGCUUCUGGGCAAGUCGGUACUAUGUUCGCCGGUGUCAUGAUGGCAGCCAUUUACAAAGGCAUGGGAGGCCUUGGUGGCCUUGGAGGUUGGCAAUGGGUGUUCCUGAUUGAUGGCAUCAUCACACUUCCUAUUGCUUUCUUCGGCUUCUAUUACUUCCCUGACAUCCCAGAGAACACGAAGGUAAACUAUCUCAGCGAGUCUGAGAAGAAGAUGGCUGUGACACGUCUACCUCCUAUCAAGGAGGGCGGACACAGCAUUAGCCCCUUGUCGCUGAUGAAGCGCCUGUUUCUUCAACCUGCUUUCUGGAUUCUGGUAUUCUGGUCCCCUGUUUGUGCCACCCUCGAGGCAUAUGCCGUACAGAACAACUUCCUUAUCUGGCUCAAGUACCAGUCGGCGCACUUUACCCAGGGCCAGAUCAACACCUAUCCCUUGGGUGUCCAGGCCGUCGGAAUUGUCUCUAACAUGCUGGCCGCCUGGCACAUGGAUGCUACCGGCACUCGUAUUCCGAUGGCCAUCCUGGCUGUUAUGCUGCAGCUAAUUUGCGCCAUUAUGUUGCUAGUCCCUACUCUGCCGUUCGCCGGAACCUUUUUCGCAUUCUACCUUUCCGGCACAGCGUACAUGGUGAACCCGCUGAUCUUUGGCUGGGCGAGCAUCAUCCUACAGCGCAGCGGUGACGAUGCGGUGCGCAGUGUCACAGUUUACUGCAUGAACGUUCUCUCUUUGACCCUGUACACUUUCUGGGGCAUUGUAUUCUAUGCAGCUGAUGAGGCACCUUACUGGAAGAAAGGAGGUAUUGUUAUGAUUGUAUGCUGUUUUGUCAUGCUGGGAUACAUGUGGGUUGUCUGGAAGCUCGAUAAGCACACUCUCGAGAAGUACGAACAACCCUCGGCGCAGGACUCGGAGGCGUCACCCGCAGUGUGUGAAAAGGCGUCCGGAAUCGAGAAAACGGACAGUCUCGAAGAGAAGAAAAACAUCGCUUCUGAGAAGACUGUCUCAAUUUAA